AAGCUGUUCGCGCCUCUGUGAAUGAGGUUUGUUGAUACCGGCUUGGGUGGUCCGACGUAUUAUAUAUAUGAAAAGGUACAGCGAACUACUAGAAGUGACCGCCUCAAUGAAACGGGGUAAUUUUGUUCUCUAGUAAUUUUGUGAUUUUCCUCUAAUGAAAAAGAGUGGCAUAUAUAUCAAACGUAAGCAGUGAAAAAAUACAAGAAAUUUGACGAAUGGUUUGUGUUAGGUACAUUAAAAGAAAGGCCGCGUACGAAGUGAUAAAAGCGGAGAAAUAAUUGAACAAAAAGACGCUUAUGAGCUAAAGGUCAAUUAAUCGCCUGAAUGGUUGAAGAAAAAGUCGCUGCCUCUUCCUUUGCUUUAAUCUAUGGAAUCGGACCAUUCGGAAAACUAUAAGUGGAGGAUAUCCAGUGACUGGCCUAGCGGAGGGCGGGAAUAUUGAGAGAGCGUCGGAGUACGCAAGGCAGUAGGCUUGGUGUUGGAGAAUGACGUUAGUGGUAGCGAACCACGUGUGGGGUCCCAACACAGCUUUUAUACACAUUGGUAAAUAUUUGUUCGAAGAAAAACUAUGAAGAUUUUCAGUAUUCGUUGACAUCCAGGGUUAUCAGCACCGGAGGAAAAUAUAACUUUUAUGAAUAUAAAUAUUUUCAUAAAUCAUUUGCAAAAAUAAUUCAUGGUUUACUCUAGAUAAGUAUGUAGAAGAGGAAGAUUUUUCGUAAAGAUAUGCACCUCUGAAUGAUAUUUCUCAAAUUGUCAAAGGAAAUGUCGCAUAUGUUCCAACGGAUAUCUCAGAAACUCCAAAGGAUGUUAAAGAUGAAUCGACAUUGGAAUUCGCUGAGGGCUAGUUGUUACAGUGGCUGAAUACACCGGUCUUUUAUAUCGUAAAAAAAAUUUUUUUAACAAAUGUAUUUCAAAAUGUGGAUGUGUACCUGUGAUAUGAAAAAGCUUGCCUUAUUUGUGCUUUUGGUACUAAACACUUUUGCUCUUGCAAGGAGGAAAAGAAACGACCCAGAAUUCUGGUACAACGACUGCGGGGCAGAGAACAGAUCAGUGAUAUUUAACAACUUGCUUUUAUUUCCAACACCCAUAAUUACUCCAGGGACUUUAUACAUCAGCAUGAAUGGAAACAUAACCCGAGAGCUGCCCAGGCGGCUAUCCAUUCAGCUUGUAGUAAAUAAAUAUUGGAUUGGAAUUCCAUUUAUGCUCCCAUGCUUUAAUAAUCAAAUUGGUUCCUGUUUAUAUGAAGAUAUCUGUGACAAUUUAGCAGCUUUUGAGCGAAGAAGACGCUGCCCUAAGAUGCUCCGAGACCAUCAAAUCCAAUGUUAUUGUCCAUUCCAUGCGGGAACGUUCAGUUUUAAAAAUCUCGCAAUCAAUAUUCCAAAAAUAGGAGGCUUUGCUGGGGCUUUUGUAAAAGUAAGAGGUGACUAUGGAGUGACUAUAAAAGUUCUUGAUGAAUCUAAGGCAGAACUUGGAUGUGUUGAAAUGAAACUCUCCUUGAAGAAGCGAAAUAAAGGAUGGCUUUUCCGAAUAUAGAAGACAGUGUGAUAUUAUUUAAAGAUACGGGUGCUAUCGGAGAAAAUCGAUGGGAAAUCCAUUUUUGUCCGCUUAUGAUAUUUUGGGUGAUCAGUGUAGAUGUCGCUGUAUGACGACUGAUGCUUCACGUGCUAGCGGUAUGUCGCAAAUUCGACAACAGACCGUUUUGUAUUCAAUGCUGCAGAAGCGCAUGCGUACAGAAUUAUGUAAAGUGUGUUCAUACAAGUUUCACGGGUAACAAUAUGGCGUUCAUUUUCGAAGUGUGUACUGUCAGACAAAGUUCCUGUAGCUUUACAUAAUUAAUCCAACUUACAGAGUAGAUCCUGCUGUUAUUUGUCACGUAGACUACCUCCUUUGCAAAGCUUUUGUCUUCUUAAAUGCAUGUAAAUCCAGUCAUUUAAAUGUUAUUCGUUCAUUGAUGUAUACAAUUUGUCAGAUACUGUUGUUUUUAUUAAAUUAAAUCUUGUACAUGGAU